CGGGAGCGCGACGGGGCCGGUGCGCGCCCCCCGCCCGCGGCCGCGCCAUGAAGAGCCUCAAGUCCCGGCUGAAGAAACAUGAAGCGGUCAUCGGGGGCAGCGCGGUGAACCCAGACUGGAGCAAGUACGAUGACAGGUUAAUGAAGGCAGCUGAAAGGGGAGAUGUGGAGAAGGUUUCGUCCAUCCUGGCCAAGAAAGGGGUCAGUCCCACGAAGCUGGAUGUGGAAGGGAGAUCCGCAUUCCAUGUUGUAGCAUCGAAGGGAAACCUGGACUGCUUGAACACCAUCCUGGUGCACGGAGUUGAUAUCACGGCCACUGAUGCUGCAGGCAGGAACGCCCUGCAUUUGGCUGCAAAGUAUGGCCAUGCUUUGUGCUUGCAGAAGCUCUUGCAGUACAAUUGUCCAACAGAGAAUGUGGAUCUCCAGGGAAGAACUGCUCUCCAUGAUGCAGCCAUGUCCGACUGCUCCGCCAGCAUCCAGCUGCUCUGCGACCACGGCGCCGCCGUCAACUCCAAGGACGGGGACGGCAGGACGCCGCUGGUGCUGGCCACCCAGAUGUGCCGCCCCGCCGUGUGCCAGCUGCUCAUAGACAGGGGCGCCGAUGUCAACGCCAGGGACAAGCAGAGCAGGACUGCCCUGAUGCUGGGCUGUGAAUAUGGCUGCAAGGAUGCCGUGGAGGUGCUGCUCAGGAACGGGGCUGACGUUGCUUUGACCGAUGGCCUUGGCCACGACUGCGCUUACUAUGCCAGGAUUGGGGACAAUAUUGACAUUUUGGCUUUGAUUAAAGCUGCCGUUGAGGACUCCGGCAGAGGGAGAGACAGCAUCAAGAGAGGGCAGGCUGAGCAGAAGGUCGCCAGCGUGUCCCAGAAGUGGGGCCGGGGCUGUGGAGCACAGGAGGAGCUCAGAGUGUUCCAGAAGGAGCCCAGCACUCAGGACUUGGAGCUGGAAAACCGAGACCUGAAGGAUCGAAUGAGAGAAGUGCAGGAGGAGCAGAGGAUGCUGCUGGACAGGAUCAGUGGCUUACAGCUGCAGCUGAGUGAGGAGCAAAUGUUUGCAGAUGGUCUUGAGAAUGAGAAAGAUGAGUUGAAGAAAAUCCUGACUACCAAGGAAAAGCAGCAGGAAGAAAGUUUAAGGACUAUUGAAGCUCUCAAAGCUAAACUCAAGUAUUAUGAAGGUGACUCCGCGGGGUCUGGAGGUAACCUUGGGAGCAGAAAAGAAGAUUUAUUACUUAAGCAAGGCCAAGCGUUUGCAGUGGAAUCUCAGUCCAGGUCCAUGCUGAGGCCCCUGGAGCUCUCCCUGCCCUCCCAGUCACCCAGCUCAGAGAAGGAAGCUUUGAAGAAGGAGCUGGACAGCCUGAGGAGCUGCUUUGGUGCGGCCAAGGAGGAGAUCAGCAAGCUGCAGAGGGAGCUGUCCCUGAAGGCCUCCGAGUGCCGAGCUCUGGCCUCGGAGUGCGAGAGGACCAAGGCGGAGUCGGACGGGCAGGUCAGGCAGCUGGAGGACGCCCUGAAGGACGUGCAGAAGAGAAUGUUCGACUCGGAGGGCAAAGUGAAGCAGAUGCAGAGCCACUUCCUGGCCCUGAAGGACCACCUGAGCAACGAGGGCAGCGCCAAGGUGACGGAGGAGCUCAAGGAGCAGCUCCGGGAGAUGAAAGCCAAGUACGAGGGGGCCUCUGCCGAGGUGGGGAAACUGAGGAACCAGAUCAAGCAGAAUGAGCUGCUGGUGGCAGAGUUCCGGAGGGACGAGGGCAGGCUGCUGGAGGAGAACAAAACGUUGCGGAAGGAGCUGGCGAGGUCGGAGACGGAGAGAGAGGAAAGGGGCAGGAGCGUCGCGGAGCUGGAAGGGCAGCUCGGAGAGGCAGCGGCCAAACUGGCCCAGUCCGUGAGCGCCGAGGAGUUUGAGAAGGUGAAGAGCUCGCUGGCGAACGAGGUGAACGAGAAAGCGAGGAGGCUGGCAGAGCUGGAAGGGGAGAGCGAGAAGCUGCGGGCGGAGGUGGUGCUUUUACAGAGGGAGUCUGAGAGCCAGAGAGCUCAGCUGGCACAGAGGGUGAAGCCGGAGGAGCACGAGCAAAUGAGGAGCGGGUUUGAGCAGAGGAAAGAGGAGCUGGGGAAGGCGAUUUCUGAGCUGUCGCAGAAGAACGAGGCUCUGCAGAAGGAACUUGAAAGAUGGCAGGCUGAUAACAAGGUGCUGAAGCAGCAAGUCCAAGUGCUGAAAACGGAAAUUAAAAGCCAGAAUGUGCCUUUAAAAAUUCAUGAGGAGUUGAAGAAAACAAACGAUCUGGCGGUGGGUGACCUGACAAAAAAGCUUUUUGAAAUAACAAAGAAGUACAACGAAAGCAAAGCAGAAGCUGAGAAGUUGCUGGCGGAGAAGAAUGACUUGAGUGAGAACAUCAGCCGCUUGCAAGCUGUGUACCUGUCUCCAGAGCAGCACAAGGAAGAGGUGGAAGCUUUAAAAUCUAAUGGGAUCGAGCUCGAAAAGCAGCUUGCUGAGCUUCAGAAGAGGUACGAGGAGGAGCAGGAGAAAGUGGGCAAGCUGGCGGCUGAGAACACGGGCCUGAGGGAGACUCUGAGGGAUCAGUACGUGCUGGCCACCACGCACGAGGAGGUUAAAACUGCCCUGAACAGCACCCUGGAAAAGACCAACGGGGAGCUGGCAGAUCUGAAGGGCAAAAUCGGAGAGAUAAAGCAAGAGUUCGUGAGGGUGAACGAAGAAAAUGGAGCUUUGAAAAGCAAGGUGAAGCUCUUACAGAACCAACUGAAAACCGAGUACAUAAGUUUAAAAGAUCACGAAGGCGCGGUAAGUACUUUAAAUAAAAGCGUGCAAGAGCUGCAGGAGAACAAUGCCGCCCUGAGGGCCGAGCGUCAGAGGGGGCAAGACGAGAUCUCACAGCUGCACGCAGAAAUCGAGGCCCAGAAGAAGGAGCUGGACACGAUUCAGGAGUGCAUCAAGUCCACGUACGCCCCAGUGGCCUCCUUCGAGGACAGGGAGCAGAGCUUCGAAGCCACGGUGAAGGAGCUGAGGGCCCGGCUGCAGGAGCAGGAGCAGAGGUGCAGAGAGAGCGAGGAGGAGGCGCGGAGGUGCCGAGAGGAGAACGAGCGGCUCAGGGGCGGGGCGGCGUCCGUCCGGGACGACCUGCAGCACGGCCACGUCCCGGCCGAGCAGGGCCGCGAGCUGGAGCGGCCGUGCGCCGGCGGCGUGCAGGACGUCCUCCUGCAGCUCAGGGCUCUGCUCGGCGAGCACGCGGCGGGGCAGGAGGAGCAGCGCCAGCCCCAGCCGCUCCCGGCGGAGCCCGCGCGGGCGCUGAGGGAGGCCCUGGGCCGCACCGUGCAGGAGCUGCGCCAAGCCCUGAGCGGGAAGGAGGAGCGCUACGGCCGGGAGAGGCUCCGAGUCGGGGAGCUGCAGCGGGAGCUGGCCGAGCUGAAGGGCUCCUCGGUGCCUCGGGCGGAGUACACCCAGCUGAAGGAAGCGCUGGAAGGAGAGGUGGCGGCCGUCAAGGCCAGCCUGGAGGAGAAGGAGGAGGAAGCCCAAGCCAAGGGCCGGGAGGUGCUGAGGCUGCAGGAGGAGCUGCGGCUGAGCCGGCAGAGCCUGGCCGAGCUGCAGAGCAGGGAGGCGGCGGCCCUGGAGGAGUACGGCUCCGUGAGGAGCGCCCUGGAGGCCCAGGUCAGCAGCAUGGCUGCCAGCCUGGCCAGCAUGAGCCACAAGUACGAGCAGGCCUGCCAGGAGGCUCUGCAGGCCAGGAGGAGCGAGCUGUCCCUCAAGGACGAGAAGGAGCUGCUCCAGCUGCGGAGCUGCAGCAUCGAGCAGGAGAUCAAGGAGCAGAAGGAGAGGUGCGACAAGUCGCUGACGACCAUUAUUGACCUGCAGAAGAGGAUCCAGGAGUCUGCUAAGCAGGUGGAAGCCAAGGACAACAAGAUAACAGAGCUGCUGAACGACGUGGAGCGGUUAAAGCAGGCUCUCAACGGCUUGUCCCAGCUGACAUACACCACUGGGAUCCCCUCCAAGAGGCACAACCAGCAGGUGGAACUGCUCCAGAGCCAAGUGAAAGCACUCCAGCAGCAGCUGGCUGACGCCAAGAGGCAGCACCAGGAGGUUGUGUCUGUGUACCGCACGCACCUGCUCAGCGCGGUCCAGGGCCACAUGGACGAGGACGUGCAGGCUGCCCUGCUGCAGAUCAUCCGCAUGAGGCAGGGCCUGGUCUGCUGACGCGUGCCGCUGGCGGGACCCCGGCGUGGGUGCUGCACGGGUGAUGCUGACACGGCUGCAGCCGCACGAAACACCCCUCAAAGCUGAAGCAUUUUCUUCUCCUCAAACACUAAAUCAGGCCUGCGGCGUUCGGGGCCUGACGCUCUUUUUGUGAGGUGGGGAAAAGGCGCAGAACAUCUGUCAAAAGUGAUGGCACGGAGGUUAGGUGAAUUAUUUCAAUGUCUGAUUGACCACUUAUUAAAGCAGGGCCCGUACCCAGGAGCUCCAGUUGAUCCUUGAACUUGAACUCUCACGGGGUGGUUAAAAAUAAACUGUGCAGAGGAGUGUGGCUGAGCGCUGUAGCUGUGCAUGUCCCGUAACGAUUAAGAGAAAGUGGCUCGUUUGUCACACGGCCUGAGCAGGAUGUGCUGUCACACAUAGGUGUAAUACAACACACCGGAAGGAGUUUCCCUGUCUCUCGUAACUUGGCUGGCCGAGUUACAGCCUUUAUUUAAUAUAUAAGCUUAAGAUUUAGUGCCUUUGCUUCUACAAGACUUGAGAAAAUCAGGAUUUCUCCAUCCGAACACUAACACUCCCUCGCCCCGGACUGCUCCUGGGUGCGUCAGCCCCGACUCCUGCAGGCUGGGGUGGCCUGGUUUGGGGAGCAGCAGCCGGAUCCGAGGUCCUGCUGCUGCGGAAUUCCCUUCUCCCUCAUCAGGGUGGGACUGAGCAGCCCACCGAGGCACUUUGGGAGCUGCCUGAUUUUCAAACAGCAGCUGAUGGAAGCCUGAGCUGCCAAUGAUGUGCUUUAAUCUAAUUUAUGGUGGGGAGAUGGCGGUAGCGAGGAUUAAUGAGAGGGGAAUUUUUUAAUUGCUGCGGUCUCCCCGUGAAACACGAGGCUUCAUUUUUUUAACUGAAGGAUGGUUUCCAUAAAGAAGUUUUAUGAAGAAAAGAAAAACCCCCAAAAAACAACAAACCCAUGAAAUCUUUUAGUGUUUUUAGCGUUCAAGGGAAGUCUUUGAAAAACGAGCCUGUUAACGAAUGGGGCUGUUUGAGUUGAGUGCUGACCUCAGUCUGCUUUUUAAAAGCCUUUGCUGAUAACCACCAAGGGCGAAUGUGGCAUCCUGAUGCAGAAAAGCCAAACUUCCUCUCCAUACCCCUGAAAAAUGAGGGCUGAAGUCAGAGUUCCCUGCUUUGUGUUCUUUGGGCUCCUUUUCUUACGGCAGAGUUGUGUUUAUCUCCCUUUUCUCUCCCUUUUUGGGCAGAGUCUUGUAGGGUUGGAGAGGCCACGUGGAGGCUCCAGACAGUGAUGGAUGUGCAGGGCGGGUUUUAUAUAGAAAUACCCUUAAUAUAUUUACUAAAUAACGUGUCUGUAGUAAAACAGAUCUGCUGCUGCUCUCCUUUAGUUUCUUAGAGGACUAUUACAGAAAGCAUCUCAGAGUGAAGGGUUACUUUUUAGCCAAAUUCUUUUAGGGUUGCAUUACUUGAAGCUCACUGGAGAGGAUUUGUUUUGUUGUACUAACUGGCCUAUUUUGAUACCAUAUUUCCUCACCCAGCGAGUUCUAGGUAUGGUUUUUUUUUUUUUUUUCUCCCUAAAUCUCUCCCGUAUUACAACACCAAUAAAACGCUUUCUUCUUAUUA